ACGUUGUGUCAACAAAGCGACGUGUACCAGGAAGUCUCCGGUACCGGUUCAGAAGUUGUCCCCGUCCCAUCCCGUCUCCUCCUUCUGCGCGGACUGUUUUUCAGAUUUAAAAUGACUUUUUGCGGAUUUCUGUCGGCGGUUCUGGUCUCGGUUUGCUGGGUGUUCGUGUCCGUGGCCGAGGAUGGAGGCAGCUCCGGUAGCACCGGCAGCACCGGCAGCACCGCGGCGCCCCGACCCGCCGUGACCAACUCCAGCGGGACGAACUCCACUCACGACGGCGGCGAUGGGAACUAUAAAAACUUGUUUAAGAACAUCGGCGUGGACGGCUCGAUGAUCCAGAGGGCCCUGUACGUCCUCAUCGGCAUCACCAUGAUCGGAGUCUUCUACUUCCUCAUUCGCGCUGUGCGGUUGAAGAAACCGUCCCAGAGGAAGAAGUACGGGCUCCUGUCAAACUACGACGACACGGUGGAGAUGGAGGCGGUGGAGAGCGAUGAGGACGACACUCUGUACGAAGCUCGCAGCCUCCGAAGGUGAGUCCUCUGAUUGGUCGACCGUCAGCUGAUCACGGAUCAAUGGAGACGACUACAGGAAGAAGAAAGGACCAAAAUCAGUCACUAACCAAAGAAACCUGAGCUGCUGCUGAGCAGAUAAUCAGAGACCAGAUGAUCCACGAGGACGGGACUCGUCUCCUUCUUCUUUAUCAUUAUUUCCUUUUUUCUAAGAGUUUCUUUUGUGGUAUUUUUUUCCUUCUGAGCAUUUUGUGCUUUAAACUACUGAGCUGCUUCCCCCUCGUGGGUCCGUGGAUCCUCCACUCGGUCCCACAGGAAACCGAACUUCUGGUGGAGGCGUGUGAUGUUCAUGAUGAACCCGGAGCCUCUUUGUUUUGGGACUUUUUUUUCUCUAGCGCCACCAUGAGGACAACAUUUAUACUACUUAACAAGAAUGUCUAAUUUUGAAUAAAAAAACGAAAUGAA